GACACAUAGACAUACACUAAUAAUCAUCCUCAAUCUCUCCCUAUCUCUACAUACUCAAUUUCUUUCAUCAAAAGAAAGAACAAAAAAGAAAUUAAUUUUCAAAAAAAUUAUCAAAAAUGGAGGCAAUGAAGAUGAAUCAAUUUUUUGCUAUGAUGGUUUUGGCCAUGAUGAUUGCCACAUCAAGUGUUUCAGCUGCAGAUUCAUCACCAGCUCCAAGUCCUACAUCUGAUGCUACCACCCUUUUUGUGCCAACAAUUAUUGCUUCCUUUGUUGCUCUUGCAUUUGGACUUUUUUUCUAAAUUUAUGAACAAUGGAUUUAGAAGAUUGGUUUAAAUUGUUGUUUUACUUCUUAAAUUAUGAAUCAUAUUACUAAUAUUAUUAUGUAUUAACACAUUGAUUCCUCACUUUUGUAAUAAUAUUAAUGUGAUUUGUUUGGUUACAUAUAUCCUUUUCUUUU